GACGAAUUAUCAUCCGUUUGGCCGCUUCAUUUCUCUCCCCGCUUCGGUGCUGCCUGCUGGCCGACCGCCGAAGCGACAACCGAGGCCACCGAUCAGUUGACUCCCGUCUCCUCGUCGCAGGGUCUCCUCACACGAGCACACGAACAUCGAGCCCUCCCCGCAGGAGCAUAAGACGCUUCGCUUGGUAAGGAAACCCUACCCUACUUGGACGAGCUUCUCUCAACGACUCAACCUUUCUUUCCUGGAUGGAUUAGCAGUUCAGUUUACUGUGAAAUUUGCAUGUACGUGGAGUAGAGGGAAGCCCGAACCCGGUUUAUUUUCGAAAUUUGCUAGGGGUUCAGUUGAAUUAAACCUCCUGAAUCCUGAGCCCAUGUUUGUUCCGCUCCUUUCUGGCAAACUCUCUGAAAGUCGGGUUGUGCUGUGCGAUUCUGGUUCGUUCCAUGUUGGGCCAAACAAUGGCUGCAGUACUUUAUUACCAUUUUAAAUCCGGGUAAAUGCAGUAUGAGAACAGUUCCUACUUCUUACUUCAGAUGUUGUGGUUGAACAGAUACAUUUUUAAGAAAUCGAUCUUCUUUUUUUCUUAUCCUAGCCUCCUAGGCAAGAGAACACUGGUUACCAUGAUAGACAGUGUGCAGUGUGCUGUACGUGGUGUUGCUUUAGUAGAUGUAUUAGGAGAAAACAACCUGCUAGCAGAGCACCCAGGCUCAAGCGACCCCGGGUAGUUGGCCUCUCAAUUAUAGCCUAUAGGCGCGAAUAAACUCAUUCAUACAGAAGACUCAAACAGGUUUUAGCCAAUGGGGCACAGCUAGAGUAUUAUACAGGGACAACUGGUUACGCAGACAGUGCACUGUGCAUGGUGUUGCUUCCUGGAUGGACAAGGAGAAAACGACACUUGUGGGUUGCUUGCCCGCGACUGGAGUGCAACUCUAACAAGUAAUCUUCAGACAAUAUGAUACAUAAGGAUGCUGCUAUCUUCUUCUCAUCGGUUUGAUUUGACUUCACUUCUACUCACACAUCAUUGCUCUGAUCCAAAUGCUGGUUCCUAUCCUUGCAGUUUUCUAAAACAUUGCUGGGGUUGCAGCAUGUGUACUUGGGCAUAGAGGGAUUGUUACAUCGAGCUAGUGCUUUGGUCUCUGCUGUAGCAGAGCGCAAUGGGCAUCCGGGCUUGUUCGGUUUGCUGGUUGUUCUAUGUGCUGGUUCUUGUCUGUUCCUUGUGUCAGAUACUUUAUGUUGGAUCAGUGGCGGCUCAAACUGCUCAGUUGACUGUGGAUGCUUCACCUCAGAAUGCUCAGAUAAUCCCUGGCAAUAUGUUUGGCAUCUUCUUUGAGGAAAUCAACCAUGCUGGUGCUGGUGGAUUGUGGGCAGAGCUUGUAAGCAACAGAGGUUUUGAAGCUGGUGGUUCUAAUACUCCUUCAAACAUUGACCCAUGGUUGAUCAUUGGGGAUGAAUCAAAUAUUAUUGUGGCAACAGAUCGGUCAUCAUGUUUUGCUAGUAACCCAAUUGCACUUCGAAUGGAAGUACUUUGUGGAGCUAGUGAAACUAAUGCUUGCCCAUCAGGAGGAGUUGGAAUCUACAAUCCUGGUUACUGGGGCAUGAACAUUGAAAGAACAAAUGUCUAUAGAGUUACCAUAUACAUCAGGUCAUCAGAAUCGGUGGAGCUAAUGGUUUCUUUAACAAGUUCAGAUGGUCUUCAAAAUCUAGCCUCUCAUACAAUCAUGGGAGACAAAGAAGAUUUCGUUGAGUGGACGAAGGUUGAAUUUGAUUUGCAAUCAAAUUAUAUAAAUACUAAUUCAAGACUUCAGCUUACAACCACCAAAAGUGGCAUAAUUUGGUUUGAUCAAGUAUCACUUAUGCCAUCAGAUACUUAUAUGGGGCAUGGUUUCCGUAAAGAUCUUGCCUCUAUGCUGGCAAAUCUGAAGCCUCGAUUUCUAAAAUUUCCAGGUGGCAACUAUGUAAUGGGAAAUUACCUUAUAAAUGCAUUCCGCUGGAGUGAAACUGUUGGACCAUGGGAAGAGAGACCUGGCCACUUCAAUGAUGCUUGGGCCUAUUGGACUGAUGAUGGACUUGGGUUUUUUGAAUUUCUUCAACUAGCAGAAGACCUUGGCGCUUGCCCCGUUUGGGUGGUAAAUGAUGGGGCCAGCAUCUAUGAAGGAGUUCCAUCAGCAACAAUAGCUGCAUUUGUAAAGGAUGUUGUUAAUGGUAUUGAGUUUGCCAGGGGAGACCCCGAGACUGCAUGGGGUUCAGUUCGUGCAGCAAUGGGGCAUCCAGAGCCCUUUCAGCUUUAUUACGUUUCAAUAGGAAAUCAAGAAUGUUCAAAGUACUAUUAUAAAGAUAACUAUGUGAAGUUCUACUCUGCAAUAAAAGCAUCCUAUCCAGACAUCAAAAUCAUAUCAAGCUGUGACAGAUCUGCUAUUUCAUCAGACAACCCAGCUGAUUUGUAUGAUGUCCAUGUCUAUACUUCAUCAGGUGAUAUGUUUUCCAAAUCUAGAAUGUUUGAUAAUACAGCCCGUACCGGACCCAAGGCAAUUGUUAGUGAAUAUGCUGUAACUGGAAAUGAUGCUGGCCGAGGAACACUAAUAGCUGCUUUAGCUGAAGCUGCAUUUCUCAUUGGAUUAGAAAGGAACAGCGACGUGGUUGAGAUGGCAAGUUGUGCUCCACUCUUUGUAAACGACAAUGACCAAAGGUGGAACCCAGAUGCUAUAGUCUUUAACUCAUGGCAGCACUAUGGAUGUCCAAAUUACUGGAUGCUGCACUUUUUCAAAGAUUCAAGCAGCGCCACACUUCAUCCGUCCACUAUUCAACUACCGAACUACGACCAACUGGUCACAUCUGCUAUCACUUGGAAUAACCCACAUGAUGGGAACACUUACAUGAAAAUAAAGGUUGUAAAUUUUGGAAGCAAAGCUGUUAGUCUGAAUAUAUCUGUAACUGGGUUGGAAACUGAUAUUCAGACAUUUGGAUCCAUAAAGACGGUUCUCACGUCGGGUUGGCUGCGGGAUGAGAACUCCUUCCAACAGCCCGACAAGGUGGUGCCGGCGGCAAGUCCAAUAACCAACGCGGGCAAGCAAAUGGGUGUUAUAUUGAACUCGUACUCCCUGACCUCAUUUGAUCUCCUCUUGGACUCGGAGUCUCAGGUUCGAGCCUCCAUCCAAGCUUAUGAUUAGUGUGAGAUGUGUCGUGUGCGUGCCCACAAUACUCAAUACCGAGAUACGGGUCCCCCCAAGGCUCCCCACAAGGCUUUCAAUAGAAAAUACGAUAUUUGUGAAUUAUUGUGAAGUACAGGCGUACAGCUGGCUAUGUGUAUGAGAUUCAACAAAUGGUUUCUACGACCCUAAUAAAGGUAUAAAAGCACCUUUCCUCGGAUAUCACACAUCCGUUGUAGUCUGCACUCUUGACAUUUUCUCUUUUUUAGAGCAUGUACAGUGUACCUAACUACCGCAAACUUUUUGUCCUGGUGCACUACAGCGAAUGUGCCAUAUAUAAGAAUAAAAAGAAGGGAAAUAUAACCGUA